AUAACCCAAAAUACUUCUCCAAGAAUGCUUUUAUCCAAAUGACUGAAAGAUCAUAUAAGAAUGGGAGAUUUAGAGUCAGAGAGCGCUCAGUUUAUAUUUAUUGCACUGUAUGCGACUCCUUAGUAACUAUUCGUGAAAAUACAAUUGAAUAUGCGAAUAAUCAUCUGAAUGAAUGCAUUACUAAAUCCACUAAAAAGCAUCUUGCAUAUUCUAAUCCUAUUCAGAAAAAAGGAGGAAGAAUAGCAUUGGAAUUAAGUAAAGAUGAAAUUUAUGAGAUUUGUGCUUUCAAGUUGAGACCUGAAACUUGGGCAAAACGAGUUUGGAAUAUGGUGAGGAAUGAUGGUACUCCUGACAAGAAGAAGUUUCUAGGUAUAACUCCUUGCAAAAUAAGAGUUCCUGAUGAUCGAUAUAUAGACUAUAUAUGGGAUCCCAGUUAUCUUCUAGCGGGAAUUAAUUAUGGAGAUAGAAUUCAAGCUAAAGAUAUGCCUGCAUAUUAUCAGAAUCUUCCUAUAUUAUAUGAUCAUUAUUCUUCACAAAGCUGGGUAGAAAAGAAGAGAGAACAGUUAUGGGAAUGAUUAAAUAAUGUAGCAUACAUAGUUGCUUUUAUAGAAUUACAUCGGCAAGGCUAUAGAAUUGUUGAAUAUUCAGGAUGGAACUAUAUGUUAAAGUGGCUAUCAAAUCCUGAAUAUUAUCGUAUUGAUAAAUAUCUCAACAAUGGCAAUGAAAACUUUGUUAGAAGUUCAGAAUAUGUACUAUAUAAGUGUAAAUUGGCAGGCAAACAUUAUCAAUAUAAUUUACUAGAUAUUGGCUAUUAUAAAACUGGAAAUAUUAGUAUUAAUGGAGAGACUACUACUAUAAAUUUCUCAGAUUUACAUAAUAAUUGUGAGUAUAUGCGCCAAAUUUUCUGGAGUAUAGAUUCUUUAUUAAAAUAGUGUAAUAUAUUUCAUGUAU